UGUCUAUAGUAGUAGCAAUGAGGAAGAAAGCACUAGUGAGGAUGAAAGUCUAAGUAGUGGAGGAUUUGUAAAAGGAGUUCAAAGAGGAGCAGUGGAUGGGGAAGAUCUUAUUACUUCAGAACUGAAAGAAGCUUUCCAUUUAUUUUCUGAAGAUGAUGGGCAUACAAUUUCUACAAAAGAUGUUGGGCCUCUCAUGAAGGCUUUGGGUCAAAAUCCAACAGAAGCAGAACUACAAAUCAUAAUAAAUGAUCUUGACUUUGAUGAUAGAGGUACAGUUGACUUUCCAGGAUUUUACACAUUAAUGACACAUAAAAUGAAAGAUACUGAUGCAGAAGAAGAAAUAAUGGAAGCAUUCAAAGUAUUUGACAAAGAUGGUAAAGGAUCUAUCAGCAUGUCAGAUUUAAGACAUGUGAUGACAAACUUAGGGGAGAAAUUAACAGACGAGGAGAUUGAAGAAAUGAUGAGAGAAGCUGAUGUGGACAGUACUGACCAACAGAUUGAUUAUUUUGCCUUUGUAAAGAGGAUGAUGGACGAGGAAAAAUGUGAACCAGUUCAGCCUUCGGAACAAGACACAAGAUCCAAAUCCAGCCAAAUAAAGAACAAAGGUGGUUUUAAAACUCCUGCAGCACAAGAAACUGUGGAAAACUUAAAGGAAAAAGAAGUCAUGUUAGGGAAAAAACAAGAUUUCCUUGAAAAGAAGGUGGACAAGGAACUGAAGUUGGCAAAAGAAAAUGCUGCCACAAACAAAACAGUUGCUCUGCAAGCUUUAAAGAGAAAAAAGAGGUAUGAAAAACAGUUACAGCAAGUGGAUGGAACACUAACAACUAUGGAAUUUCAGCGAGAGGCAUUGGAGCAGGCAACAACUAACAAAGAAGUUUUGAGUUGUUUGGGUGGGGCUACUAAAGCCUUAAAGAUGAUCGAGCAACACGGGGAUAUUGUUCAUGUUCAUGAUCUAUUGUCUGAUGAAAUAUGUGAUGCUAUUUCUUCUAAUUAUUUUGGAUUGACAGCAGAUGAGGAUGAUGAUCUGUUAGCAGAAUUAGAAGAAUUAGAACAAGAGGAACUAGAUCAACCCCUUGGAGAAUAUUUAUUAGGGUUGAACUUGAAUAUGUAUUUGACUGAUAUUGAUGAAAGUGAUCCAUUGAAAAGAUCAGUGGCUGAGAAAAAUAUUGAGAAGGAAAAACAAAGUGGCAUGGAUCAGAACUUAGGCGAUAUAGCUUCAAUGCUAGGAAACCUAAGACAUAUGGCUCUAGAUAUGGGAACUGAGAUUUCAGAACAGAAUGCACAACUGGAUAGAAUAUCAACUAAGGUUAGUGAUUUAAACUAA